UGGGGCGGAGCGAGGCCGCCGGAGGGGCGGGCUUCCAUCGUCGUGGUCGCGAUCGCCUGCUGCUCUCCCGGAGGCUGCCGGGGACCUUUGGCUAUGUCCUGGCGCCGCGCGGCUUCGGUGGGGAGGCGGCUGGUGGCGAGCGGGAGGAUCUUGGCGGGGCGGCGUGGCGCGGCUGGAGCUGCGGGCUCGGGAAUGGGAAACAGCACAUCGUCGUUUUGGGGGAAGUCUACAACUACUCCUGUGAACCAGAUCCAAGAAACAAUUUCUAACAAUUGUGUGGUGAUCUUCUCAAAAACAUCCUGCUCUUACUGUUCCAUGGCCAAGAAGAUUUUCCAUGACAUGAAUGUCAACUACAAGGCUGUGGAGUUGGAUAUGCUGGAAUAUGGCAACCAGUUUCAAGAUGCGCUUCACAAGAUGACUGGGGAAAGAACCGUUCCCAGGAUAUUUGUCAAUGGACGAUUUAUUGGAGGCGCAGCGGACACUCACAGGCUUCACAAAGAAGGGAAAUUGCUGCCUCUGGUUCAUCAGUGUUAUUUAAAAAAAAAACAAGAGGAAAGACAUUGAAUGAUGUGGAUAGUCGCCAUACCAGUAAAUGCUAGUUAGUGCAGUCGUACCUUUGACUUGAGGCUGUUUUCAGUGUGUGGAUUGCCUUCAUAAAGAUGAUUCAGAAUAAUGAACAAUAAAUUGCCCUGGACCCUUCAUCUCCCGAUUGGCCAGUUUUUGAGCAUGAGAUGGUAUAAAAAAACUAAAGGAGGUGGAGUUACAUCAAAAGUAAAGAAUGUUUAUUAAGAAUUUAAGAAUCUUACAGCAAAGAGGGAGUACGCACUUAAACUCUUGCUCCCCAUGGCAUUCAGGAAUUAACUUCUCACGUUCACUAGCUGUCAGGGCUGAGGACUGACAUGUGGCUUCCUUAAAAUUUAAUGUGGUACAGAUGUGCAGUGGGUUGGGAUACCAUAUCAUGACAACCCUUUAUGUUCUAGACCACCAAACAUACUAAAUAUGUAGAAUUCGAUGAAGUUUCUAGUUGGGGCAUCAAGCUGCUAAUGACUUCAUGGUCAGAAAGCAAAAGGUUUCAAUAGAGUGAGAGUGGGCUUUUCAAACAGUUCAGAAAUGUUAUUUAGUUCUGUUGCCAGUUGGACAUUCUACCUUUCAGAAUGUGUAUCAGCUACUGGAAUUUUUUUUUUUUUUCCUUUUGGAGACAGGGUCACUCUGUAGCUCAGAAUGGCCACAAACGCAAAAGUCAGUCCUCCUACCUGUUUCCAGGCUUGGAUUAUAUGCUGAGCUACCACACCCAGCUUGAGAAUGCUUAAGAGAAACAGGAAUUAGAGUUUAGACUAACGGUCCUUGUUAUAGUCCGAACGUGCCCCACCACAGACAUCAUGUGUUGGAAACACAUGACAUAACCUGAUAUGGUACGCGAGGUGAGGCCUUUACAAAGUACUUAAUCCUGAGGGCAGAUGGGUCCGUGCUCUAUUAGAGUGGUUCUUGAUAAAAGGAUGAGUUUGUCCCCUUACCUCUCCCGUCUUUGCUCUUCCUCUUCUUCCUCUGCAGUGUCCUGAUACAGCAAGGAAAUCCUCACUAGAUAACCUCACCUUCCCGACCGAUGACCUAGAGAAAGUCCAUCUCUUCUUCAUAAAGUACUCAGUCUCAGGUAGUCUGUCUGAGUCCCACAGAUGGAGCGUCCCUAAAAUCACUUCUGUUAUCUUACUAUUCUCUAACUAGGAAGACACUGUUCAAAUUGACUUCAUUUCAGAUAAACUUAGCAAACAGAAUUAACCUUUAAGAAGUAAUAUUUAAAAGAACUGAAAACAUUUCCAAUGCUUUGCUAGUCUGGUCAUGGUUUCCGCCUCUGGUCAAGAAUAUUUUAAGUGCUUAAGAAAUGAUGCAUUUCCUAGCAGAUUCUCAGAGUCACGUUGGAAAUGUUAUCAAAUGCUGAGCCUUUCUCAGGUAGGAAGAACAUGGACUUCCCAGAGUGAGUGCUUCAGCUUUCUGGUCAAGAUAGACUAGGGACUCAUGCAGAGUUUGGAGGGAGACAGUGGCUUGCUGUCAGAGAUGUUUCCUACGUGGACUUCAACUGCAUUUUGGAUAACUUGACAUAGAAGUUAAGACAGCUCUCCUGAUUUAAGCUGUCAUGUUGGUAGGAAAGGAACAUGGUGUAUUUUUAUUCCUUUAUUUUACACUAUAUCAUGAGAAAUUAUAUAAUUUUACUAUGCUCUAAAACUCACAUUAUGUAUGGGAAAGGUGUCACUGUUUCUGUUGUCACUAGUAAUCUUAUUAGGAUGUAAGGUCAAAGGCAGGUUACUUAAAUGCACAGCUACACCAACCACGUAAUAAUAUGGCCUUGGCUUUGAGGAGCUUUUUUUGUGGUAUUCAGCCUCAGACCCAGGGCUUGAAUAGCAGGCAGGUGUGCAGGUGCCACUGACUUAUAAAACUUUUUCUUUUUUUUUUUUUUUACAUUAGACUUUUUUAAUUAGAUAUUUUCUUUAUUUACAUUUCAAAUGUUAUCCCCUUUCCUAGUUUCCCCUCUGAAAAUUCCGUAUCCCCUCCCAUUCCCCCCAACUCACCCACUCCCAUUCCUGGCCCUGGCAUUCCCCUAUACCGGGGCAUAGAACCUUCACAGGACCAAGGGCCUCUCCUCCCAUUGAUGACCAACUAGGCCAUCCUCUGCUACAUACGAAGCUCGAGCCAUGAGUCCCACCAUGUGUUUUUUUUGGUUGGUGGUUUAGUCCCUGGGAGCUCUGGGGGUACUGGUUUGUUCAUAUUUUUGUUCCUUCUAUGGGGCUUGCAAACUCCUUCAGCUCCUUGGGUCCUUUCUCUAGCUACUUCAUUGGGGACCCUGUGCUCUGUCCAAUGGAUGGCUAUGAGCAUCCACUUCUGUAUUUGUCAGGCACUGGCAGAGCCUGUCAGGAGACAGCUAUAUCAGGCUCCUGUCAGCAUGCUCUUGUUGGCAUCUGCAAUAGUGUCGGGUUUGGUGAUUGUUAAUGGGAUGGAUCUCCAGGUGGGGCAGUCUCUGGAUGGUCAUUUGUUCAGUUUCUGCUCCAUGCUUUAUCUCUGUAACUCCUUCCAUGGGUAUUUUGUUUUCCCUUCUAAGAAGGAUCAAAGUAUCCACACUUUGGUGUUCCUUCUUCUUGAGUUUCAUGUGUUUUGUGAAUUGUAUCUUGGGUAUUCUGAGCUUCUGGGCUAAUAUCCACUGGGCUAAUAUACCACUUAGCUAUACAACUAAUUCUUAAGAAUGUUUUAUCAGUUCUUCCUAGGCUUGUGGGAAACAAGAGGAUGUGUGGUACAUAAUUCUUGGUUAGGGUCAGAUGUUAAAAUAACCCAGCUCUUAAAAAAUCCUUAUCGUCAGAAGGCUCAAGAAUAUAGAAGGUAACAGGGUAUGUUAAUUUUCAAUUAUAAGUUUAUAUAAGAAAUAAACUCUUAAAGCCGGGCAUGGUGGCGCACGCCUUUAAUCCCAGCACUUGUGAGGCAGAGGCGGGCGGAUUUCUGAGUUUGAGGCCAGCCUGGUCUACAGAGUGAGUUCCAGGACAGCCAGGGCUACACAGAGAAACCCUGUCUCAAAAAAAAAAAAAAAAAAAGAAAUAAACUCUUCCAAUGAUUGCUUAA